UCCGGCCAUGGAUGCACUACAUAUCCUCGCUCGACGGAUCAUGACCCGAACCCAAAAGCCAGGGUCCAGACUCUGAUUGGGUUGCUUGGGUCCUCGGCGCAUCAUCGACUCGUCCCUGGAUGCGACCUUGUCGCUGAUGUCCCGCCGUCAUGGCUCCGUCGCGUCCCGAGCAGCUGUAGCUCGCUCUUCCAUCUGGUCUCAUCGGUUCCCUCCGAUUGUUCAACUAUCCUGAUGGUGAUCAUCGGCCUCACUCCCUGCUCGGGAACUUGCAAGUCUCCAAGCCGAUCGCCUUCUCGCCUGGGGGCCAUCCUACCUUGAACCGACCACGCCAUGACGCUACUGUACGUUCGCGCUGUCGUGCCUUUCGAGGCCGGCGCCAACUCCACCGAUGUACUCAUCAACGAGGUUCAUUUCAAUCGCACCGCCCUCGAUCUUUACCACUACAAGCUCUACAGCAACGGGACGCUCUCCAAUGGCACGGAUUGCUAUCUUGCAUUCAACCAGUUCAAGCCCCAUAUGCAGACGGAGAACGGGACGGUCAUCAAGGGAGUCUCGUGCUAUGCGCCCGUCCGGGAUAUGGGUUCCCAUGCAGCAGCAGGCCUGGCCUUCGCCCUGAUGUUCUCCAUCUCCAUUUUCUUCACCUUGGUCAAUUUGCGCAAACACGGGCGACGAUACUUACCGCAUGAUCGACGGUGGAGACUCUUGGGUCGCCGAGCCAAAUGGAUCUGGAUGCUCGUGCUUGCCGGCUGCGGAGCGAUUAGUUGUUUCAUGAGCAUCGAUGUGGAUCGGGACUAUGUGGUGAACAGUCCCUUGAUCCUGCAGAGUGUCUUCUAUACCAUUCUCACCCCCGUGAUGAUGGCGGUCGUGUGGGAAGCUGUUCGGCACUGGGGCUCUUGGCAGGAGCGACAGAUCAUCGAUCGAGACCCUUACGCAUUCAGCAAGUCCAGUACCCGCCGAGGCCAAGAAUUCGUGCUGCCGAUGAUAUUCUACGGCUUAGCCCUCGCGAAUUUCUUCCUGACCGUGCCGCGCUCCUGGGGGCCGAUCGAAAGGCAACGAAGCUUGGAGCAACAGAUGGCGGAUGCGAAACCUGCCGCGACGGACAUCCGAUGGCGCAUCGCCAGCUUCCUAGCCAUGGGUGGCGUUCUCGUUAUCUGCUAUAGCCUGGAGCACAGUUUGUACCGCUACCGCAUCCGCCCGACGAGUACCUGGGGCCAGCUUAUGUUCUACCUCAAUGCCGCACCCUCCCAAUUCCUCGUGGCCCUCGUGUUACUCGGGUUCAAAGUCGGAUAUGCAAUUGCAUCUGCGUAUGACUGGACGGUGUCACCGUUGAGAUAUGGUGUCAGCGGCGGUUGGAUCUACGGACUGGGUUAUACGCCCCCGCUCCUCCUGAUAAUCCUGUUCAACAUCUGUGGUCACUGUGAGUUGAACGACGACCAGGCUCUAAUCGCUCGUCGCGGUGACCUCGAUAAUGCCAUCGCAGACGACAUGGGCGUUGGCCAGAGGAAACCCAGUUGGUGGACAAAGGGCCGUUCGUUUGUUCGGGAGAUUAGGAGACAGUCAACCCAGAAAGACACGGACGAGAUGGACCGGUAUGUUGAGAUGGGAAUCAUCAAUCCAGAGGAGCAGCAGCAGCAGCAACCGGGAGAGGACCCCUUCACCAAACCCAAGCCAGAAACUCAGAUCAACAGCCGAACUGCCAGUCAAGCCAGCGAAGCAACAAGUAUGACGGCAGUGGACAGUGUUUCGGAUGUGGCUCACCGUCAUAUGGAAUAUGCGAUAGAGUCAGGGAACCUGUCGCGGUGCUCGUCGGACGACCCGGCUGCAGUGCAUCCUCCACAGAGAGCCAAGGACAUGAUUGAUGGGUAGGCAGGUGGGUACGUGGUACAAUCGCUUAAUCGGAGUGGAUACGAUUGUGGAGUAGCCUGUUAUG